GCCCGAGCCCCGGUCGCGCGCUCCCCGCGGAGGUCGUUGCUCUCGGGAGCGGCGUGGCGGGAGCCCGCGGGGCCGGGCCGCACUGGCAGCGUCCUCCGGGCGGGCAGCCGUCGCGGUUUCCGAGAGGCCCGAGAUCUUCGUAGGUGACUCGGGGACUUCAGAGUUUCCGGCCAUGCAGCAACUGACCGCCACCUUCUGGGACCACCCCAGGCUGGAAGGGGAGCCGCUGCCGCUGCGGGCUGUCUCCCGGGUGCCUCCUGCGGUAGAGUCUGCCUGCUUGUCCCGCACACUGCCCGUCUGUGUCGCCCACACCCCAGGGAGGCCGGGCUGCCCCCGUCCGUGAGGGCGGCCGAGGCGGGCUGGCCUGCACCAUGCCGUCCAAGUCCCUGCUUGGGCACCCCUUGGAGGGGCUCCCCCAGCAGUCCACCUCCCACGAAGGCAGAAUGCACAAGGCAGACAAGGCCUGUGCCCCCAGUCCCGGGCCCCCACCCACCACUGACGGUGGGGGGCCGGAGCAGAGCCCGGUGCUGCCCUUCAGCUCUCUGGCGAAAGUCACCCCGGAAAACACACAAGCCAAGGCCAGGCCCAUCACCCCGAAGCCACCCACGAGGCCCCGGCUGGAGCGAGCCCUGUCCCUCGACGAGAAGGGCUGGAGGAGAAGGCGUUUCAGAACAAGCCAUGAAGACCUGGCAACGCGGGACGAGACCCCCGGGCCCCCCGUCCCCGGCCGGGCCCUACCCAGCCUCAGCACCUCCUUGCAGGACAUCCCAAAGCCCCGGACGGCCGCGGGCCCUGCGGGAGGGAGCUCCUCAUCCUGGGCCGAGGGCCUCUCGGGGUCGGCCAGCACCUCCCUGGACCUCCUGCACCGGGAGGUGGCCUCUGUGGGGGGCACCCCCAGGCUGGCCAGCAGGUUGCCCCCGCGCCCGCUGCCAGCCAUGGACCCGAACAUGGCCUCUGACUCCCUGUGGGUGGCAAACAAGGGGGACCCCGAGCAGGAGGGCCUCAGGCGCCACGUGCAGACACCGCUGCUCCGCGCCCGCAGCAGCCUGGGCCCCUGCCGGCCCCGCAGCCCUCUGGCCGGCGACGACUGCUCCCUGCGCUCGGCCCGGUCCGCCUUCAGCCUCCUGGCGCCCAUCCGCGCCAGGGACGUCCGGAGCAGGAGCUACCUGGAAGGAAGCCUCCUGGCGAGCGGAGCCCUGCUGGGGGCGGACGAACUGGCCCGCUACUUCCCGGACCGGAACGUGGCCGUCUUCGUGGCCACCUGGAACAUGCAGGGCCAGAAGGAGCUUCCUCCAAACCUGGACGAGUUCCUGCUGCCCGCCGAGGCCGACUACGCCCAGGACAUGUACGUGGUCGGAGUCCAGGAGGGCUGCUCGGACAGGCGGGAGUGGGAGACUCGCCUGCAGGAGACACUGGGCCCCCACUAUGUCAUGCUGUACGCGGCUGCGCAUGGCGUGCUCUACCUGUCCGUCUUCAUCCGCCGGGACCUCAUCUGGUUCUGCUCAGAGGUGGAGAGCUCCACGGUGACCACGCGCAUCGUGUCCCACAUCAAGACCAAGGGGGCCCUGGGCGUCAGCUUCACCUUCUUUGGCACCUCCUUUCUCUUCAUCACCUCCCACUUCACCUCCGGGGACGGGAAGGUGGCGGAGAGGCUGCUGGACUACGCCAAGACCAUCCAGGCCCUGGGGCUGCCCAGGAACGUGCCCGACACCAACCCCUACCGCUCCAGCCCCGCCGACGUCACCACCCGCUUCGACGAGGUGUUCUGGUUUGGGGACUUCAACUUCCGCCUAAGUGGCGGGCGGGCAGCCGUGGAGGCCAUCCUGAGGCAGGACCUGGGGACGAACAUGUCAGCUCUGCUGGCGCUCGACCAGCUGACCAGGGAGAUGAGGAAGGGGACCAUCUUCAAGGGCUUCCAGGAGCCAGACAUCCACUUCCUGCCCUCGUACAAGUUCGACCUUGGGAAGGACACGUACGACAGCACAUCCAAGCAGAGGACACCCUCCUACACGGACCGGGUCGUGUACAGAAGCCGCCACAAGGACGACAUCUGCCCGGUCAAGUACUCAUCCUGCCCAGGGAUCAGGACGUCCGACCACCGCCCAGUCUACGGCCUGUUCCGGGUCAGAGUGAGGCCCGGGAGAGACACCAUUCCGCUGGCGGCCGGCAAGUUUGACCGAGAACUGUACUUGAUAGGAAUUAAAAGACGGAUCUCAAGAGAACUUCAGAGGCAGCAGGCACUGAAGAGUCAGAACUCCAGCACCAUCUGCACGGUGUCCUGAGGGCUCUCCCAGCUGCCAUGGGAGAGCCGGGCAGGUUUGCCGGGACAGCCUUGCGCAGCCCUCUGGGAGCCGAGGGCCAGUUCCUGAAGGCCAUCCUCUCUUGUCAACCAGAAACUCGCCCGGUGGCAGUGAGCCCGUGCCCCAGGAGGAAGGCCACCUCGAGAGCAGCUGGUGCUCCCUAACCAGAUACAGCUCUCCCCACGGGCAGGCCGGGCCGGGGCCAGCUCCUCUCCCCUGCAGAGGGCCGCGUCGGGGCUGGCCGGGGGCGGCCAGGAGCAAGUUCCCCGUUUUGUGCCAGCAACCCCCAAAAGAUCCCCCCUCGGCUUUCUCAGGGUUGUCACGCCAGAGCAGCAUUGCCAGCCCCCAGCCUCUUCCACACACCUUCCCCUUCCCCGGAACCCCCAGACCCCCUUAGGACCAAACCGAGGCCGAGUCGGCGUCGGAGGCUGAAGCAACCACCAAGGUCAUGGCUUGGUUUUGCCCUGGGCCGAGUGGGCCCCGUCCCCUCCAGCUCCCCCAGCCCCUGGUCAGGCCACAGGCUCCUAACCCAGGCCCCCUCCUUGCCUCAGAAAGCGCUGGAAGGCGAGGACAACAGCAGCUCGUGAGCGCCUGAGGCAGGUUUAGAGGUCCUUGCUCUGUCUUUCCCGUCGCCUGAGGAGAGUGGGGGCUUUGAACGUGGAAAGGCCUAGGGGCAUUUGAUCUAGUCUUCAAAUUAUUUAUUUUUCCAUAUUUAUAUUUUUUAAUAAAUGCAUAUAUUAAAACGUAAACUCUUUUCUGGCCAAAGAUUGAA